AUGGGAACUGUUGAGAGUUUAGUGAAACUAAGAACUCUAACCAAAAAAUAUUGUGAAGAUGAUACUCAAGUCAAUUUCAAUGAACUAUACAAUCAUGUUUUUAGUGAUGGGCCAAGCAUACAAUAUCUUGAUGUUUUACUCGAUUGUAAGGUUCUAGACAAAACAAUACUUCUUAUAGUGGAAGGCAAGUAUUUAGAUACUUUGAAAUUUUACAAGUUUUCAUUAAGGUUAUUAGUACAUGAAUAUUUCAGGCGAAAUGGUAAUAAACGGAAAGUCAAAGAUGUGUUUUUUUUCCAAUUGAAUAAUAAACUUCGAUGGAAAUUUGUCGACAAAUUGGCAAACUUUGUAAUUGACAAAUCUAUAAAGGACUAUGAGAUUAAAAUAGAUAUUUUGAGAUUGUUCUCGAUUUUACAGCUAAGUGAAGAGUUUGGAAGAUAUAUUUUUGUGCAUUGCAUCUAUGACACCGACAUACAGUUGAAUUACUCAUUGGAGGAUAUCGACGAUAACUUGUCCGAAGAUGUUAAAGAAAAGAGAAAGAAUCAGCAUUGGUUGUUACAGCUAAUUAAUAGUUUUGGAAUCAAGACCGAUGUAUCCCUCACAAAUUGGCAAUGUGCUAUUGUCAGGUUUUUACUUUCUUGGUGUUCAAGCCGUAAAUACGGGGAAUAUAUUCAAUUGUUUCUAAAGGCGGUAGGUGCACCGUCAUACUUUGCAAUAUAUGCUAGUCAAGGGACAAUUGAGCUGGUAAAUCUUUUGAAGCAUGUUUUGGAAAUCAACUAUUGCAGUGUCACUUUCUCUCAAUUCAGGCAGGCUUUACGUCUUAUGUUUAAGGAUCAUACACAACUUAUAAACAAGGUUGUAUCAUAUACUUCGCUUUAUGAUAGUUCUUUUGAGAGCUUCUCGGUAUUGCUUAAUCAAUAUUUAACUGUUUCAGAGGCAAAGGAAUUGCUUGAUCGAUUUAUUCCUACUGAAAAGCAAGCUAAUUUUGGUUCUUUAAAGCAAUUGACAGACGCAAAUGAUAAAAAACGAUUUUAUAUCGAUGUAAUAUUGACGCAAGUAUAUCAAUCGUCGACAUUCAAACAUCGUUUUUGGAAAUUUGUCACAGAAAAGAGCUUUGACGAUAUUCCUCAAGAUAUGAAGUUUGUGACUCAUUACCCAACAUUUGAAAGGUUUGUUAAAGCCAUGAGUUUCGAGAUUAAAGAUGAUGGGCUUCGUGAAAUACACGAUCAUUUAAAGGUCGUAAUGGGAAGGAUAAAACCAAAGAAUGCCCUUUCGUAUACUGGCACAAGUAAAUACUUUACAAAAAUCGAGAGCCUUGUUACCUUACUGCCACAGGAAUAUGAAAUCACUGUUGAUGAACGAUUUGAAGGAGAUGAAUUCAAAUUUGCUGCUGCUGUCACUAUCUGUAAGCCUGUAAAAGGCGAAAAUCUUAAGAAGUUAGGUAUUGGUUUGGUUAGAGUUGGCAGGAUCACAAAGCAAAAUAGAACUUUCAUAUUCAAGUGUGAAAAUCUUGAGGGUUCAAAUGUUACUCAUUUGGUAUUUUUGCCAAAUACUGCCAUUUUGAAGGCUUUAAAAGUAUUGUCCUACAACAACGAGAUGAUUUAUGUGCAAAACAUAACAAAUACUCUGUUGGUCACCAAAUGUCUUUUUGACAAUAAUAUGGGAGACAGUACUGAAGAUUCAAACAAACCGUUGUCGGUAUCUCAAAUUUUUUCUGUGAAGAAAUAUGGUGACAUAUCAAUGGUACUUCCUGAUGUCACGGAUUUUCACACUAUAGUUCUCACGCCAUCAAAGACUUUCCUUCAGCAAUACAAAGAUGUCUUGUUAAUUAGGUAUGGAGAUGCACAAUCGGUCGAUGCUGUUUUGAGAUAUGCCAGUGAAUAUUUUAAAAAAAUACAAACCGUUCUUGGGAAUGGAGAUGUUUUAGAAUUGAAGAAAAUUUCUCUGCCUUUGCAACUUGAUCGGAUUUUAGACAAUUGUCUUAACAAGUGGGAUAACAUUAUUCUGACCAACGGCAAUGAGUUACCCAGUGAGUAUUUAAAAAUUGUGAGAAAUCCUAUAUCUAAUUCAAGUGAUGCUGCAAGGGAAACGACAUUUUUAAAGCAAACUAUUAGAGUUAUAAAGAAAGCAUGGUUUCUAUUUGGUAAAGAUCUCAACAUGACGGUGUGGAAUUAUAUUUGCAACAGCUUUUCUGUUGUAAUGACAGUGGACGAUUGGAUAAAUGUCUUUGAUAAAAUACAGGUUGACACUUCCUUCGUGUAUAUAAACUGUGAUGUGCUGGUACUUUUAAUGUCUUACUUCAAAGUUGAUUGGCAGAAACAACGAUCUGGUAGCAUUAAAAUUAUUGGUGGUGGGUUGGAAGAUUUGUUUUCAUUCAAAACUCCAAAAGAAAUUACCCACAAAAUCCAGUCUAAUCUGAACAUUCCCACGUUUAAUCCAGGAUUGGGUUGUACAAAGCAACUUAUAUCUGCUCAAAACCAACUUGAAGAAGCUGAACUAUGUGUGUUAUUAUAUCGCUACAUGCGAGCUUUAGGCUAUCCACGUGAGUCGAUUGGUAUAUGGGUAUCGUGCAAGCGACAGUUGGAUCUAAUCAAUGAAAUUGCGAAAGAAUCAGAUUUAGAUAAAGAUGUUGGGCUGCCAAUUGUGCUUUUCAAUAAAUCUGGGAUUCAUGAUUAUGAUCAUGUUAGUUAUUCUAUUGUAUCUCUCUUCACUGAUUCAGGGUAUAAGGAGCUUGAUUGCCCUGGUACUUUGGGAAAUUACUACUUCAGUAGUAACAUCGAAGUAGACAAAGAAUUGCUUGAUUUAUCUGAUUCUACAACAGAUUACAGGCUAAAGAUUGUUGAAGGAGAAAAGUUUGGCUUAAAAGAGAGGACUAAUGAAAGUACCGUUGCUGUACAAAGUAAAGUCCAAUUUCAAAAGUUAAUAGAUCGUUUAUAA